AUGAGCGGCAUUAGAACGAACAAUCACACUACAAGCCAGCCCCUGCAUCAUGAACAAAUAUUGCAAGCCCUGAAUCUUAUCCAUGACCCUCGCUCAGACAACGACCUGCGACAGCAGGCUACCGAAUAUCUUCAGAACCUCCGAGAAGACUCCCGAGCACCCGAACAAGGCUUUCUUCUCGCUUCGGCAAAUGAUCAGUCGCCAGUUGUCCGACAUUUCGGCCUGUCGCUCAUAGAUCACGCGAUUCGCUAUAAAUGGGCAGACUAUUCCCGAGAACAGAAUGCAGCGUUAAGGAAUUGGAUACUCGAGCUUGCAAAUACAAAUCUCGAACGAGAACCGCCAUAUAUCACGAACAAAUUAGCCGAAUUGUGGGUUGAGUGCGCUAAGCGUAGUUGGGCCGUAGAAUGGAUGGACAUGGAUGAACUUCUUGUGCGCCUUUGGGAAAGUACUAUUGCACAGAAGGUGCUGGUCUUGAACAUCUUGACCACUAUUUCAGAUGAGGUGUUCGCAACAGAAGAUACUGUCGCUGCACUCCGGGGAAGCGACCUCAACAGAGCAUGCGUGGAAAUCUUCGUACCAGCCGCCGUUCUAGCCCAACAAUUCCCAAAUCGAGAAAGCUCCGUUAACGUCCGCUAUGGCUCUGAGGGUUGGCUCUCGCGCAUGUCAGAUACCUUGUACGAAUGUACCAAAGAUACUGAUUCGGCCAGAAGUAAUGAAGCGUUGGCGCUCAAAGUUCUCUCCGCUUACAGAUCGAUUAUGGUGUGGGUGGUUCCAAAGGCACUUAUCUCUACCGCAACUAUACAACGGGUUUGUGCAAGCUUGGCUGUUCCGAAUAUGCCGGUGCAGUUGGUGAGUAGGUCCUUCGCUGCAAUAGCUGGUUGUGAUGUUGCUGAAAUCCUGAGAAAGGCAGUACUUGAUACAUUGUACAACUUGUACAAUCGUACCCGCUUCUCAGAUGACGACUUUCGGGAGAUUGUCGGGCCUAUGUUUCGGCCUGAAAUGGUGACUUUGCUUAAGGAACUUUUCCAGUGGCUUGUGAUUGAUCCACAGGAUAUAGACGAUAAUAGAUAUCUCAUACUAAAAAGACUGUCUGAGACUAUCUUCAAUCUUGGACGCCUGCUCUCCGACAGGCAUUCGGCUUUGGCUCAAGAUAGCGACAUUGGAGGCUUCGUAGAUCUACUGAGAAGUGUCAUGAAGUCCGAUAGUCUUCAAGUAUCGAUCCCAGCCCUGCAUCUUUGGGUCAAAUUCUUGAACUCUGAGCAGAUUUCGCAAUCGCUCUCCGUGCAGUCGGCAAUAGCAGAUCUACUAGAGACGUGCAGUCAGCGACUGAUACGCUAUGAAGCGCUCCCCCAAGAUACGAAUCACCCGAGCAUUCAAUUUCUUAGAGAAGACAUCGAAACAAUUCCCGAACGACAUGCAUUUUUAGGCAAUUAUUCUAGAUUCUGCAACCAAGUCGUAGAGCGCAUCGUCGAGAAACAACCUAUCGACGCUCUCUACCACAUCUUAGGACAGGCAGACCAAGUCCUCGAUCACCUCUACGAUAACGAACCCCCCUUUAACCCUUCCACAUAUACCAAAUAUUCCAUACCUUGGCUAAAGCUCGACGCUCAAUUCACGGUGAUCGAGGCUGCACUCAAAGGCUGCCUGAAUUGGCUGACUCAUGCGGAAAAUGAGACUGUGAAGCACCAGCGCGAUGUUAUGACCUCUAACCUUCAGGUCUGGUGCGACAGACUUCUUGGAUUGACAUUCGAGGAUCCACGAAUCAAAGAACGCGUCAUCCAGCUGGCUGUAGGAUUCGCAGUAGGCCCCUUGAAAAAGGAUCCACAAUUUGCGGUUCGGGUAUUCGAUUAUGUGCUAGAGACCAAAUGCCCAAUCUUUUCAGAAUGCAUAGCAUACAAUGAUGCCUGCAAAGACUUUCAAGUCUUUGCAACCCAUCAACUGCAACGCCUGGCUAUGCGAUUCGCAGAUCACCUCAUCUCUAUUUUUGAUGCAGCAGAGCCCAAAAUACUUGCAGUGAGUCACGACACUUCUUCAGACGAGCAAACAAAAGCUCGGUACACUUCGGUGCUUUUUGUCAUUAUGCACAGAGCACUGAAUGUCGACAUUAGAGCCCGUGAGGAUCGUUUAGAACAGUAUUUACAGCCUGUGAUUGAUCAAUGGCAAGACGAGCGCCUUCGACUGGCCCUAUCAUCGCCAGAUGCUUUCAACAGACUUCUUGGACUAGAUGCGGCUCAGCAAUAUCUGGUAUCUCGCCACGCGGAAAAUGUCCAAGACUGGGCAUCCUGCUCUCUUGAUGAUGAGGGCAAAAUGUUACAAGCUAGAAUGCAGACAAAUGCGGACUCGCUACCACUCAGGGCGACCAAACAUAUCAUGGCGUCAAGUGUCGAGAAGCUUGAACCAACUACACAGGCUUUUGACAUAGCCUGUCGCCUCUGGCAGAAGUACAUGCCCAUAAUCUUGCCUUCACUACUUCAGUUUAUCAGCCGAUCAAAUGCUCUUUAUGACCCGGAGAAUUGGACAGGCAUGACUCCGGACCAAAAGCCCAUCGUUCGAAGGAUCUUUACGGAUCGUUUCUGGCAACACGGCAUAUCUCAGGGCUCACGAGACGACUUCUAUGCGGCCGUUGGAGGUACGAAAGCAACUCUGGAGGGGUUUGCGUCGACAAUUCGAGCCACAGUAAGGCUUACACGCGAAACGGGUUAUCGGCUUCUGUACUACAUGAGUCUCCUAGGGGAACAUCUGUAUGGCCUGCAGGAUUUGCCUGAACCCUUGGCUACGGCUCUUUUCUCAGAUUCUUUUGCUCUGUCUCCCCAUCAACUGACUGUCUUGCUCGACACCCUACGUCCUGUGAUCGACAACUGCCCGCAGCGGUAUCACGCCCAAUUUUUGCCACCGAUCAUCUCCUCGCUAUUCAACCAGAUUGAUCGAAAAGUAGGCUCAGAAUGGGCAAAGAUAGAGCAAAGAAAGGCCGCUUCAACGGAAGACAGUGAUCUGACUGCAGAAAUGAAAGAUGAAAGUGUCUUACGGCAGCUGACUAUGGCCGCUGUGAUGCUGGUCGUUGGGCUUUUAGAGCCAUCUAAGGUGUCACUGACUAAGGAAACAACUCUGAGACCGAAUGGUACUAUCGAGUCGCACUCUAGGGAUCCAACGAGAGACUUUGUACUGAACACCCCAGAGAUUCUGAAGCCCUUGAUAAUGUUUUGUACGAACGCUUUGAGUAUGCACGACACUCGUGCAAGCUCGCUCAUCGCAAGAGUCUUGAGAACUAUAAUUGGUGAUUUUGCUGGAGACACACCACUCGAAUCUGACGUCAGGGAGUUCAUCUCAACGGAAGUCCUUAAAGCCUGCAUCACGUCGCUAAACGACCCUUACUUCGUGGAAAUGCAAAAAGACUUUGCCCAGCUUAUUGCGCAGAUCUGUAUCCUUUACUCGCCACGAACGAACACGCCAAAGCAGGUCAUACAAUCUCUGCCCAACAUGGAUGGUGUGAAGGUUGACCAAGCACUGCGUCGGCUACUUGAAGUGCACUCAAGUUCGAAGAAGCAGAGGGCUGUGAUUCUCGAACUCUUGCAGGGUUUAAGGAGCGUUGCCAUUCAUGAGCAGGGCAAAUUGACUAAACCAGAUCCAAACAAACUGAGAUCCGUAAUGCAGCAGAAAUAUAUGACGGCUGACAUGGAGGGCAUGGAGAUCAAGGAUAGGGACAGGGAGGAAGAGAUCGAUAUUGGAGGCGUUGCAGAGAUGUUCAAAUGA